AACAGUUCGAGUCCCAAUGCCACGUGUACGGCCGCGAUGCAAUUUCCACGCAAAGAGAACGUGCAGGGCACCCACAUCAUCUUAUAUCUUUUUUCGCUCGACUUCAAAAUCCAAGUCGCUCUCACACUGUCAGAUCUCACCACGAUCUCCAUCCGUACAUUAUCCGGCUUGUUUUCCGGCCGACGCCGGAAACUUCAUUGAUCAUCGUCUACGGAUCCCACAGUCAGAUAAGUGCUUAAAGUUUUGAGCUUGAGCAGUUUGGUAUUUAUAAAAUUGGACUAUCAAUGUGCGUUGUUGGUGGAAGGAGACUUGUAUAUAGGAGUGUAAAUAGUUGUGCAACCAGGUCCCCGGCAAGUGUAACAGCCUCGGCGGAGUGGAGUUCGAAGUGAAGCGGCAGAAAUGUUAUGCAGUGAAGACGUCUUCCUGAGUAGUAUUUGUGACAGUCUUUUCAGAAUCACGGCCUUUGGAUGGCAAAGGGUACUGGGUGUCUAAACGAAGGUGAGGCACUGUAUGAUAAUUCUUCUCGAAUUGAGCCUAAGCGUUCUCAUCAGUGGUUCAUGGAUGGUCCUGAGGUAGGGAUAUCCCCCAACAAGAAACAGGUUGUUGAAGUUCCAAACAACAAUCUGUAUUCAGAAAUGUUAAAUGCAAAUGUUUCUCCGUGGGGAAAUGUUCCUGGUUUUCACUCAUUCUCUGGCCAAUUUGCUGAAAGGUUAUUUGAUUGUGAAAUAGACCGGGCUGUGAAAUUUGAUGACACGAACAUUCCGUCUGUUGGAACGGAAAAGAUGAAUUUGGCUAGAAAAGUUAAUGAGGAUCUAUUUGGGAAUGACUCCUCAUUUGGUCUAUCUAUGUCCAAUACACUAGAAGAUCCUAGAUCCAGUCCUAAUUACGGUGGAUUUAGAAAAGUCAAAGUGAGUGAGGUAAAGGACUCUGAGAAUGGCAUGCCCUUUUCAAUAGGACAAACUUAUAUUCGGGCAGAUAAUGAUGCCAUGUUGGCGUCUCACGCUUACAAGGCCAAAGACAACUCAGCUUCCACGGGUCCCAUUUAUAAGAAAGGGGAUGACAACUUCAUAUCCAUGAGUGAUACCUACAGCAGGGCAGAUAACAGCUUCAUAUCAAUGGGGCAACCCUUUAACAAAGGGGAUGACAGCAUAUCGUUUGGUCAAUCGUACAAGGAGAGCAAUAACACCCUGUUAAUGGGUCAGACAUGCAAUAAGAGUGACAAUAAUAUCAUUUCUAUCGGCCAAACCUAUAAGGUAGAGGAAAAUACCAUAUCAACAGAUAAUUUCUACAAUAAAGGGGAAGAGGGUACCAUAUCCGUUGGUCAUGCGACUCAUGCCUACAGCAAGGGUGACAACAAUAUGUUGUCAGUUGGGCACUCUUAUAAUAAGCGAGAGGGUACUAUCAUAUCCUUUGGCGGAUGUGAUGAUGAUGAUGUGAAUACCUCUGCAGUCUUUGGUUAUGAACUUCUGAUGGGUCAACCUUUUGUGAAAACAGAAACCGUGAAUGAGAAAGAGUUGGGAAAAUCAAAUUCCGGUGCAUUUGUUAAUGUACCUCAUAUAACUGCUGGAAACGAAAAUGCCCUGAAAAAGAUAGUUGAACAGAAAACGUCUAAGAAGGUUCCUCCGAACAACUUCCCUUCAAAUGUGCGAAGUUUGCUGUCAACAGGUAUCCUGGAUGGAGUUCCUGUAAAGUAUACAGCCUGGUCGCGGGAGAAGGAGCUGCAGGGUGUUAUCAAAGGUUGUGGGUAUCUAUGUGGCUGUCAGUCGUGUGACUUCUCAAAGGUAAUCAAUGCAUAUGAAUUUGAGCGUCACGCUGGUUGCAAAACGAAACACCCAAAUAAUCACAUAUAUUUUGAGAAUGGUAAAACCAUAUAUGGGACCGUUCAAGAGCUCAGGAGCACACCACAGAAUAUGCUGUUUGAAGUUAUUCAGACUAUUACUGGUUCGCCUAUCAAUCAGAAAUCCUUCCGCCUUUGGAAAGAAUCCUUUUUGGCAGCAACACGUGAACUUCAGCGUAUAUAUGGCAAGGAAGAGGGGAAACAACUUAAAUGAAGCAAGCUUGUCCGGAGGCAGGACCAUCUUUUGUUUUGUGAAUACAAGUAAUCGUUUUUUGGCUGUACAUUGGUACUCAUUUGACGGUGACUUCAUCACUAACGCAAUGGCUCGGCAUGGUUAUGUGAAGGACAAGGUGUUCUUGUAAAUCUUUGAGACAAACCUUAUGUCAGAAUAGAACCUCCGUUUUUAGUCGUCGGACAUACGAUGACGGGUUGUAGUUUGUAUUUAGUAAGAGUCUUGAAGGAAAUGAAAUUUUAAGAUAAUUUGGCACUAAAAA